GCCGCGUACGGCUAUCGCUGUGAGGAGCUUGUUUCAGCAUCACAUGUCAAAGCAGCUCAAAGUGCACAGGAACCCGUACAAUCCGUUCACAUAAUAUUGUGUGAAUAAGGAGACGAUAUCUUAAUUCAUUUCAUAUUCAUUCACGAGAAGGAGUCAGAAUGGUGUCCAAGUCUUCAGUUUGUGCGUCGAUCUGUUGUGUUUUGGGCGUUGCGUUGGUGGUUGUUGGCGGAGCCCUUAUUGUCGUUUUUAAGAAUUUGAUACACUCGAAUAUUGAAAAGCAAGUGAAUCUGAAAGAGGGGUCAGAGACCUACAAUGAUUGGUUGGACCCACCGGUGCCAAUCUACUUUCAAGUGUGGGUGUUGGAUGUAAUCAACCAUGACGAGGUUGUCAGUCAGGGGAAACGCCCAUCUGUCGUACAGAAAGGACCUUAUACAUACAGGGAGCACCGUGGGAAGGUGAAUAUUACAUUCAAUGACAACGACACAGUGACAUAUCGGGAAGACCGGUCGUUCGAGUUCAAGCGCCAUAUGUCGGCGGGUCCGGAGUCCGAGACAUUCACCACCGUCAACUUACCAAUGUUGACAAUUGCCAACAUGAUUCGUUUUGAGUACGGCUUCAUCCAGGAGCUGGCUGACUUGAUACUGGAGGGGGCCGGGGAGACACUGUUCCUGAAUCUCUCCGUGGCCGACAUCCUGUGGGGGUACGAAGAUAAGCUGCUGAAGGAUGUGGAUGAAAUCUUACAGCGCACUAUCAACAAGACCAUUGAUGACCACUUCGGCCUCUUCUACAAUCAAAACGGAUCUGAUGAUGGGGUGUACAAUAUCAACACUGGUGUCAAAGAUCCAAGUCACUUUGCUUUGAUAAGGAGCUGGAACUUCAACAGCAAUCUGCCAUAUUGGACUUCUCCAUCGGCAAACAUGAUCAAUGGCACAGAUGGCACUAUGUUCCCUCCAUUUGUGGACAAGUCUGCGCCACUCUAUCUGUUCUCUUCAGACAUUUGCCGGUCCUUGGACGUGAAAUUCAACCAUGAUUAUGAUUUCAAAGACAUCAGCUUGGCAAGUUUUGUGGCACCAGACUCCACGUUUCUGAACGUGACCUUGAACCCUGACAAUGCUGGCUUCUGCACCCCUCCGGGCAACUGCCUCCCUUCUGGCCUACUCAACGUCAGCGCCUGCCGACAAGGAGCGCCUGUGGUGAUGUCACAACCUCACUUCCUGGCUGCCGACCAAUCAGUGAUCAAUGGCGUGGAGGGCAUGCACCCAAUGAGAGCUGAGCAUCAGACGUUUGUGGAUGUAGAGCCGAUGACAGGGGUAGCCAUGAAUGUGGCCAAGAAACUUCAGAUCAACGUCUAUGUGGAGCCAGUCAGGCAUAUCAAAGAGACAGAGAAGAUAACGCCUGUGUUCCUACCUAUUCUCUGGAUCAACGAGAGUGCUGCUAUUGAUGAUAAAACUGCAAGGAAGUUCCGAGACAAAGUCCAAGAACCAAUCAAAAUCACAGAGGCUGUGCAGUAUGGCUUGAUUACUUUGGGAGCCUUCAUCCUGAUCUGCGUCAUCGUCAUCUUCAUCCGGAGAACCAUGUGUGGGAAUAAUGACAUCCACCUUCAAGACCUUAGUGGAGAAAGAGAUCCUCUCCUGAACUAGUUGAAGACGUGAGCCACUUGAAGCAGCUCCCCAGUGUCCUACUCCACAGUUUACAUGAAGACCACCGACAGACUUCACUCCUAUGGACAUCCGUGGGUGGUGGAGCUCUCAGCUUUGAGUUGAUUCUCAACAAACUUGCCGAACUCUUUUCUGAGACAGAUUUUGUUCAUCAGAAUGCUGUUCUGAGGAAACAUCAAAGGAAACAUGAAAUGUUUCCCUUUCAUCUGAAGAAAACGAAACACCAAGCAAUAUUCAAUUUAAGAGAUCAAAAGUUGUUAUGGAAUAUUUAUUACGUAUGUACAUCAGUCCGAGUGAUAUAAAAUAGAUCAGAGAUAUAUGCUAGGCUAAAGCAAAAAUAUAACUGUUUCUGGUGUUCUGAUGGAACUAUUUCUUGCGCUGCAGAGUGUCAGUCCAUUCACUGGUACUGUUGUAUCAUCAGAACUAAGUUAUCAGAUCUGUGUACAUUUAGCCACAUUAUUUUGUUAUUUUAAACUUCAUGCUGCCCGUUAGCUUUCAAAUGGUUAAAUCUAUAGGUAUCCUAGCUGUGAAUACAGCAUAUUUAUCUCCCAAUUGGGAGCAACCUUCAUAAGUGUCAAGCAAAAGGAGAACACUCGCCUGCCUAUAAUUCAAAUGCAUGUCAAUGAAGAAACAGUUAUCUAUU